AUGAAGGUAUUUGUUUUUAUCGGCGUUUUUUUGCUAGCCCAUACACGGGCCAUACUCUUGAAAUACCCAAAGGACUAUGUAAAAAGUUCGUUCGAGAGUCGUGUCAUUGGCGGAGAGAACGCAACGGAGGGCUUUGCGCCCUAUCAAGUUUCGUUGCAAAGCAUUUAUGGAUAUCAUUCCUGUGGUGGGGUUAUUAUUAACAAAGAUUGGAUAGUAACUGCUGGGCAUUGUGUUUAUGGGAAGACAGCGGACAGUAUAAAGAUUGCUACCGGAACUAAUGAAUGGGAGAAACCGAAUGCCACAUACUAUGUGAAGGCAAUUCAUGUGCAUUGCCGCUACAACACCCCGUCUAGCCACAAUGAUAUUGCCUUAUUAAAUCUAAAUGCAUCGAUUGUUUUCAAUGAGAAAACCCAGCCGAUAGAACUGCCAACAGAACAGAUGACGGAGGGCGAUGAGGUCAUACUGACUGGCUGGGGCACAACAGAAUUGUAUGGUGAUACUCCGGAAAAGCUGCAAGUGGUGUACCUGAAAUAUUUGCCGUAUAAAAAAUGCGCGGAAAUGCUUAACUAUGAAGCUUCUAUGGAUUAUGGACAUAUGUGCACAUACACGAAAUAUGGCGAGGGUGCAUGCCAUGGCGACUCUGGUGGACCGCUGGUGAACGACGGAAAAUUGGUUGGUGUAGUUAAUUGGGGCUACCCUUGUGCCAUAGGCUAUCCAGAUAUGCAUGCUAGUAUUUUCUUUUAUAUGGAUUGGAUACGCCGAACACUGAGUGCUUAGUUUAAACUAUUUAAUUGAAGAAAAAUAACUAUUUUUUAUUAAAGGCCGUGCAAUAAAAAUAAAC